GAGACGCAGUGCUGAGAACUGAUUCAUUGUCUGUUAUUGAGGCUUUUACAGGAACUCUCCUUCAUGCAUGCUGCUUCCCAUUCUGUGGCUUUGGCUCAUUUGCAAACGCGCGCGACCACACACUUUGCUUUGUGCAUGGAUUGGCUGUCACUUGUAGCAGAUUAUAGCAGCUCGUGAGGAAUGCGUUUGGAUGGACCAAGCUAACGUUGGACAUUCCCGCAACGUUAGAUGUUGGGUCCUCUAUGGUUAUCUUUAGGGAACCACUCCACAACGUCGUGUCAACGUUCAAUUUUUGUUAAAACGUUCUAAAAACUAUAAAAACCUUACGUUCUUGUAUGGUUUUUAUCACAACUGACAAAUAACGUUUGUUAAAGGUUGCCUUAGGUUUUAUUUUUCACGUGUAUGAACUAACGUUUCAGUAACAUUCACAGAAGGCUUUGCCAUUCUUUAAAUAGGCAACAUCAAAAAUUAUGAAAACAAGAACGUUUCAGGGACGUUCUCAGAACUACAAUGGUAAAGAAAAAAACUUUUCUUGAGGACCAACGACCAAUCAACAAUGAUUCAUUCUCAGAUCAUUUCAGAAAACAAAAAACAAAACAACGUUUAUAAAAUGUCAUAGGAACAAAAUUGUUAGCUGGAGAGCUGCUCACAUCAGAGGAAAAUAGGACAAAUAAGUUUAUGAGGGUGUCUGUGAACUUAGUUAGAAAGGUGGUACAAAAUCACCAGCUAUAGCUACCCAAGUAAAACCCAAGCAGUAAAGUUUUGCUGCAUGAAGCUGCCAUUGGUGUCUCUCAAAAUAAAGAUUUAUAUAACAGACUAGUGUUCUUGAGAAGACUGUUCCUCACAAUAACAUACUUGCAUAUACAUGGAGAUUACAUGUUGAUAUGCGUUGUACUUGCUAUUUUACUAUAUUAAUUAGUCUACAAUACUAAAAAGCACCUUUUAAUUUAGUUGCUAUUAUACAAAGCUAACCAGUUUAGCUACGGCUACCACAAUGGGCAUAUAAGUCUCACAAAUUAACAAACUAAACUUUUUCAUUUCAUUUUUUAGUUUGUAUCGAAUUAACUUAGAUUUGACAACUUUACAACUGAUUUCUUAACUCAUUGCUUUAAAGUAGAAUAAGACUAUUUCUGUGCGUUGCUUGGAGUCACCAAUCGAUGCAUCCUCGUUUUCAGGGCGGAGCAACAACACAUUUGGGAACUUAUUUAAAGGUUAUUGGUAAAUGUUCUGAAUGCAACUUGAGCAGAGGAAAAGGACGUCAGGCAAGAACAUGGGGACUCAAAAUUUGUCCUGAUGAUGUCUCUCUCUAGUCUAUUCAGAGUCAGUAUAUAAAACAUUUUUAAUUCUAACGAGUCAGGUAAUAGAUGGUGGUGGCCACCUGCAGCCGGGCUCGUGCACGCGCCAACCACAUUAACCUUUGUGAAGCGCCGCUUCUUAUUAUUUGCACCGUUAUUUAUUUUCCCGCGUUCUCUGCGAUCUUCACGACCGCCCCCUCCAUCCUCUCCACCCUCCCUGCUCCAGUAAUCUCCUCCCUUCAGACAGACCAACCUGCCGGGUAGAGUGUGCCGCUCUGGAGGGAGGUGAGGACACACCCGCGUGUUGCCCUCUCUCUCUCCCCUCCUCUUCCUCCUCCUCGUCCUCCCUUACCACCACCCCUCCCUUUGCACCACGCGCGCGCCCACAGCCCGGGCAUUGCCGGGAUUGACGCCGCUGCCCUGCGCGUUUGGCGGUCGGCGUUUACGCGUCUCGAAGCAUCGCGCCGCCGUCCCCGUGCAGAAGAAGCGGCGGGCGCACGCCUACAGAAGUUUGCGCACAGAGUGACUCCUGCGGUGACACGUUGUGGCCCUCGGCUUUGUACAGUGUUGAGCCCCCACCUUCCCUUCUUCCCUACCUCCAUUUUCCCACCCUGCGGUGCCUGGCUCAGGUGAAAAGUGCAGGCCUCACUCUCCAGCAUCAUGACGGUGGCCACGGGCGACCCCUCAGACGAGGCGGCGGCCCACCCUGGCCACCCUCAAGACUAUGACGGCGAGGCCGAGCAGGAAUGCUGCGAGAGGGUUGUCAUCAAUAUCUCUGGCCUGCGCUUCGAAACACAGCUCAAGACCCUCUCGCAGUUUCCAGAGACUUUGCUUGGGGACCCCAAAAAGCGGAUGAGAUACUUUGAUCCUUUAAGGAAUGAAUAUUUCUUUGAUAGAAACCGGCCAAGCUUUGACGCCAUCCUCUACUACUACCAGUCUGGAGGAAGGUUGCGGCGCCCUGUGAAUGUGACUCUGGAUAUAUUUUCUGAGGAGAUCCGGUUUUAUGAGCUUGGAGAGGAGGCUAUCGAGAUGUUCCGGGAGGACGAAGGUUUCAUUAAAGAAGAGGAACGGCCUUUGCCUGAUAAUGAGUUCCAGAAGCAGGUGUGGCUGCUGUUUGAGUAUCCGGAAAGUUCAGGACCUGCAAGGAUUAUAGCCAUUAUAUCUGUUAUGGUGAUUCUUAUAUCUAUAGUCAGCUUUUGCCUAGAGACACUGCCUAUCUUCCGUAGUGAUGAGGAGGAGAUGCACAAAGUUCGAACAUAUAACUCCAACUCCACCACCAGCUACACAUCCACCUAUUUUACUGACCCAUUCUUCAUCCUGGAGACACUCUGCAUAAUCUGGUUCUCCUUUGAGUUCCUGGUUCGUUUCUUCGCCUGCCCCAGCAAAGCCAGUUUCUUUGUGAAUAUAAUGAACAUGAUCGAUGUGGUGGCCAUCAUUCCCUAUUUCAUCACACUGGGAACAGAACUGGCAGAGAAAGCAGAGGACGGUCAGCAAGGGCAGCAGGCCAUGUCUUUAGCCAUCUUGCGAGUCAUCAGGCUGGUGAGGGUUUUCAGGAUCUUCAAGCUCUCUCGUCACUCCAAGGGACUGCAGAUCCUUGGACAGACGCUGAAGGCCAGUAUGAGAGAGCUCGGCUUACUGAUCUUCUUCCUCUUCAUCGGAGUCAUCCUCUUCUCCAGCGCUGUCUACUUUGCUGAAGCGGACGAACCUGAGUCCCAGUUCUACAGCAUUCCGGACGCCUUCUGGUGGGCUGUAGUUUCCAUGACAACUGUUGGCUACGGAGACAUGGUACCAACUACAAUUGGUGGGAAGAUUGUCGGUUCUCUCUGUGCCAUCGCUGGUGUGCUGACCAUUGCCUUGCCUGUUCCUGUUAUUGUCUCAAAUUUCAAUUACUUCUACCAUCGUGAGACAGAAGGUGAGGAGCAGGCCCAGUAUCUUCAGGUUAACGUGCCCAAAGCUGAUUCUCAAGAAGAGCUGAAAAGAAGUCGAAGCGGUUCUACCAUCAGCAAAAGUGACUAUAUGGAGAUCCAAGAAGGGGUGAACAACAGCAAUGAGGACCUUCAGGAGGAGGACCUUAAAAAGGGAAAUUGCACACUGGCCAACACAAACUAUGUCAAUAUCAAAAAAAUGCUGACAGAUGUGUAAUCAGCUGGGAUAAUGUUAAGGGAACAUGAGGCAGCAGCCUCACACUACAGACAUUUUCAAACUGUAAAGCAAUGCACUAAAGAGGAUCAUGAAGUGUCAGAACCUCUGCUAUUAACCUGAGAUUUCCUAUUCCACUCAGAGACCACUCAUAGAACAUACCAGCCCUCUCUAUAAGAUCCAUAUCCAACUAUCAAUUAGAGUCUGCAUGCAGUUAGCUUUCGUCGUUGCUGCUCUCAUUGAAAAAUCCCAAACAUCCCACAAUAGUAGCCAAACAGUAGAAAGUAGAGGAGGAUGAAGGUAAGACCUCACCACAAGGGUUAUAGACUUUGUACCUCCAAAAAUAUCUUUAAACUAUGUAUGCAUCAUCACUCAAGUAACCUUCCCUCAAAGCCCAGCUACAUCUACUUGCUUCUCCAAAGAAAUUGUUAUUUGUGUGCUUCUUCUGCCCCAUGGGGGAGGGUAUAAUAACAGCGAUACAAGAACAUCCUCCAUUACUGCUGCUGCUGCUGCUGCUUAUAAUAGAUGUCUGAUAAAAAAGGAUAAUUGAACAUAAUAAUUCUCACAAUGCACUCAGAAAAGAAGUUCAUUUAGCUAAGAGCCAGUGAUUUUCUCAUAUGUCACCAUUACAAUAUUUGCCUCCAGACUGAGAUUGUCCUUUACAAGUGUCUGCUUAUGUUUUUUGAACUAUUGUUUUCAGACUCACAGUAGCCUAAAUGGACCACAUUAACAUUUAUGCUCUCACAAAUGCAAGUCUUAUGGAAAAGCUUUUAAGACAGAUUGAAUGUUUCAGUGCCAUCAUUUAUGUUUAUGGGAUGUAGUUUGUUUGCCACACAUGGAACAAAUGCAUUUUGUUAGCUUUUCACCUUUUUAAUGGCACGAUCUAGCAUAUUACACUCGAUUACACUGCUGUUUAUUGAGACCUUGUUUUUACUUGCUAAUGACCUUCAGGUCAAUGUCAUCUCACCCUAUACAAAAUGCCACUAUUUUUUAGAAAUACAAUUGCAAUUGCACAAUACAGAUGUUAAGAACUUCCAUGAUGAAAUUUCAGCAAAUUAUUCUUGAAUAUCAUAGACAUAGAGACUGUACCACUGAUAUGUAAGGGAAAUAGAAGUAGUGUGAAAGGAGCUAUAGAGAGACGGAACAGCAGCGCUACUAAAAUGAGCUCACAGGUUAUUGUUGCAUUUUAUGGCAUUCUGCUUAGGCUAUAUGUUGAUUAUCUGCUUCUGCCAGGGCUUUGACAGAGUGUUGGUUGAUAUAUAUGGUUGAUAUUUCGAUUGUCUUGCAGCUAAAUAAGCCAUACAUAGUUUACAUUGUAAUCUACGCUAGCAAAUGAUGAGUAAUUAAUCCAAACACUAGAAUUGUAGCAUUGGUAUAGUCUGUAGUUUUGGCUUUGCCAUUCAUCUUCAUGAUGUUUAAACAGCUUUGAAACUAUACGUAUGUAUAUAUGCAUAGAUUUAAUAUCUGCAUUACACGACUACUGUAUGUGCUGUAAGUGAUGAACCUGAGCACUGGUGCUGCUGAUUUCAGUUUUAUUAUAAUUAUUUUAGUUUUUUAAAUUUAUAUUUAGUUGUUUUUUGUCUUUGGGUACCAAAGACAUUGCGAUACGCACAGUUCCAUAGGCAGUGGCUGUGCAACAGUCCACAGCUGCAGUGAGUUAAUGCUGCACACUGCAGUAGCAGCGACUGCAGGAUCGCUUGACCUUCGCACUGCGUCUGCGAACAGGCUUUUUUGUCCCUCUCCUGACAACAGUUUGUUGUUGCUUUAAGCAUUUUGUUUGCUUGCAUUGCAGACGUCUGCUUGCUUCUGUUUGCUUGUUUGUUUGUUUGUUUGUUUACAGGCUGUAAGUGCCGAUGUUGCUCUAAUAGAGGUAGUGAAAUUCUACACAGCAGUUAGCGGUCAGUCAUGCUUUUAACUCAGGCCAGAAGGGCAUUACUGUAGAGCUAUUGUUGUUUUGUUGUUGUUGCUGAUAUAUUUUAUUUUGUUUUGUUAUUUUUCUUGUUUGCCUGUUUUGUUUAGCCAGGGUCACAGGUAGAGGUUUAAAACCAGAUUGGCUGAAACUGUUGCUCAUGCUGUGCAUAGCCAGUGCCUAUAGACAGAAAUGACAUAUAUAAUAACAUACAUGCAAGCAGACAGGGAGCUUUAUUCUAUGCAUAGAUAUGUACAGUGUAUAUUGUACAUGAAAAGUAUGUAUCAUCGCAAUUCUGGCGCAACUUGCACACAUUGCAUGUUUUAUUAUUUCACUGCUGUUAUUUAGCACUUCACAUGAGACUCAGAUGACUCAGUUGGUCCAUGUGGAAGCAUCAUGCGUCCAGUGCAACACUGGAACUGUUUUUUGUUGUUGCUGUUUUUCAUUGCACAUUUAGCACUUUUAUAAACGGAGGAUUCACAAAACAGUGUCAUCACAUGGGUUGCAGGUGCUUAUUUUGGUUUUGAAUGUUUUAUUUUUUAUAAAUAUUUUUUAUUUGUAAUUUUUUAAUUAACUUGUCCAUUUAGGCAUUUAAAAAUUUUCUUUGAAGCACUGAAUAAAUGCCUUGAGGCGUUGUUGUUGUUGUUAAAGCAUCUUAUGAUCAUUCCAUUGUCAAGGACUGUAAGGAUGCCUAUUAACAAAAAUGUUAACUUCUUGUCAUACUGUGUAUUCCUGUGUACUGGUUGUUAAUAGAAUACUUCUGAUUAGAGAUGCACAAUGAUAUUGGAAUCGAUAUAUUGUUAUUAGAACGGUCCCAUAUUUAAACCAAUAUUUUAUGCAUUUAUGAUUCUUUAUGUGAUUGGUUGCAGUGCUGCCAAGCCGCCAAAUUUACAAUGUUAUUCUUUUACUGCAUUUACUACCCUAAAGACAUAAAUGAUAUAGUUAAAGUAGUACUAUGCAAUAACUGAAAUUUGAAAUACUGAACAGUCACUGAAAGUGAAAGAAUCCUGCGUUAUGCAGCUCUUGUGAGAAUUUUUCUGCCAGUUUUACCAAAGUUGCAUAUUGCCGUUAGCAGUACCUAGACCAGAGUGGCAAUAAGAAAGUGUGCUUAUUAUGAGUUAGUAUAGUAUUACAAUGAUUUUGAAGCUGUUUUUUUAAGGUAAAAUGCUACACAAAAUGCUGCUGUAAAGCCUUUGCUAUUUUAGUUUAGUUUUCUCCCGAUUUCAGAUUUGCUAAUUGGUUACGGUAUAUACAUUUAUAGAUAAAUAGACAAAUAACCAAUAUUAGCUUCAUCCCAUAUUAAAUUCCCAUAUCAGUGCAUCUCUACAUUCUUGCAAUCUGCUUGUUCAAGGCGUUGGUUCAAAAUGGAGAGAAAAGGUUAUUAUGUCUGAAACAUUAAUGUCAAACUAAUUCCCAGGGUAUGAAACUGAAGUGAUUCCCACAUUUACACUGUUCUGUUUAAUGCACUUUCUCGGAACUUAUCAUUGGAAGGCCAAUCACAAAAGCUGUAGACAUUAACUGUGCAUCAACCAUGCAUCAAUAUGCGGAGUAAGAUUCAAGGAUUGGCUUUGAUUGAGUAUGUAAAUAUGUGAUAGAGCACAAGCUGCCAAACCUGUGACAUAACCAUUUACUUUGGUCCAGAGUCUGUUUAGUAUUUUUUUAUUUUUAUAUGUUUAUUUUUGUUUUAUCCUCAGCACUGCAUACAGUGCUAUCAGAACAAUCUUAAAGUUAAAACCCAACCCAUUGGUCUAUAACGCACUGUGUGUUAUGUAUGUGUGUGUAUGUGUGUUCGGCAUGCGUUGUAAACUGUGUAUCUGUGUUGUGCUCCACUGCUUGACUGAAGACUUUCAGAACUCUUAGCCAACUGUGUUCCUGAGGCAACACAAGCAGCUUAGAUUUCUUCAAAUCCAGCCUGAAAGUGUGUUCAAAAUAAGGCAGAUUUCUGGCAGAUCUCUACUGAACUAAUAUGCAUAAGGGUUUGCAGAUAAUCUGUGGGAAAUCUGUAAUUCAGGCACACUCGCUCACAUUCUUAGAUUAGCUGCAGAGAAUAGCUUUAGGCCAUUAGCAUAGGCAUCCUCUGACAUGUAGCUCAUACCUUCCAUUACCAUAUGCGAGAACUAGCCACUAUAGUAUACUAUAGCUAUUUCUAUUUUAACAAUAAGAAAAUACACAAAAAAGAUUAUGGGGUGUGGAGGAAAAAUGAAGAAAAUCUAUGUCAUCUAUCUCCCUGAAUAAGAAGCACUUUAAUAGUAAAAUAAGUGGACAAUCUAAUGACUGAAAUUACUGCUCAUAUAACUUUUCCAAAUGUUCAUUAAUGUCCUAAAACAACAUCAACAAUGAAGAUGAACAAAAAAACUCAA